AUUUUUUCAGGAGAUGCAGGAAAUGCGGGGCUGCUACGAUAGCUUGCUUUCUGCUGCAGCUGCCACUACAAACAGUGCAUAUGAGUUCUCAGAAGCGUUAGAGGAAAUGGGUUCAUGUUUGCUUGAAAAAACUGCAUUGAAUGACGACGAAGAUAGCAGUAGAGCUUUGAUGAUGCUGGGCAAAGCACAGUUCGCACUUCAGAAACUUGUAGAUAGCUAUCGAGCCAAUAUUGUCCACACAAUUACGAACCCAUCAGAGUCUCUCCUCAGGGAGCUUCAGAAUGUAGAGGAUAUGAAGCGCCAGUGUGAUGGUAAAAGAGAUUACUAUAAACUCGUGUUGGCGGCAUAUAGAGAAAAGGGAAAGUUAAGGCACGCCAAAAGCGAAACUUACUCUGCAGAGCAGUUAGAAGCAGCUUUGGUCGACUAUGAAGAGGAGGCAGCAUUGUUUGUGUUCCGAUUAAAAUCACUAAAGCAAGGUCAAUGUCGAAGUCUUCUCACACAGGCCGCCCGCCACCAUGCCGCCCAGUUGAGUUUCUUCAGGAAAGGGCUUAAGUACCUCGAGGCGAUCGAACCUCAUGUAAAGGAGGUUGCCGAGAAGCAGCAUAUUGAUUAUCAGUUUAGUGGUCUGGAAGAUGAUGACUCCGAGAAUGAUGAUGGCGACUACUACGGGAAUGAUCACAGUGAUGACGAUGAUGGGGAAUUGAGUUUUGACUAUGGAAUAAAUAAUAGAGACCGAGACGAUGCUUUUGCAUCUAGAAACUCCAUGGAGUUAGAUCAAGUAAAUCAGACGGUUAGCCCAGAGCCUUCGAAGGAACAUAGGCAGGAAAAUGCUGAAAAAGCCCAAUCAGAUUUCAUAAUUUUCAGAACGAACCCUGCGGCUUUAAGUCAAUCUGCACCACUAUACCCCGAUACAAAAUUUGAUCCUUCUGAAAAAAUAAAACAAGUGCAACCAUCCUCGACGCGAAAGUUCCACUCCUAUGUACUUCCAACCCCAGUCGACGAUAAGAACUCGCCUUCACGAGGCCCCACAAAUGCAUAUUAUUCAGCUCGUCUCGAAAGCAAAGGUGGCGGAGGAGCGCCUACGAAUUUGUGGCAUUCGUCUCCGUUAACAAAAGAUUUCAUGGGGAGCAAUAUUAAUAGUGGGCCUAUAAGUACACCUUUAGUUUAUCCAUACGCCACAUCCGACGUUAAAAAGAUGAAGAGGGAAGCGUUCUCCGGACCAAUCACGAGCAAAGCUUGGUCGACCAAUCAAGGCCCAUCUCCACCUAAGCCACGGCCCAAUUACGCGCCACAGAGAACCUCGCCGCCGCCGCCAAUAUCCUCACCCAAAAUUAGCGAACUCCACGAGCUCCCUAGACCUCCGGUAAGUGGGCCUACUAGUAGUUUGGUGGGCUAUUCGGGUCCGUUGGUUUCGAAACGACAAGUGCUUAUUUCGACAAGCAGGGCUUCUCCGGCCGCGCAAGCCGCGUCGCCACUCCCUGCACCACCAGCUUCUAUGACUAGAAGUUUCUCUAUACCGUCGAGUGCUCAAAGAGAUCCUGUAGUUAGGGUUGGUACGAUGUUGGGUCCUAAUAAAUCAGGGGGCAAGGAAGAAGUUGCUUCUCCCACAUUGUCACCGAUAUCUCUAAGCAGUGUUCCUCGACGAUCAACCACUUCAGAAUCAACCACAGGAGACGCAAGACCAAGAGGAACCUUGUAAUCAUCCAUCCAUCACCACUGCUCUCCAUAACUACCUAAAGCGGGUUAGCUGUAUCUUCAUAUAAUUUUGUAUAUAUAAGUAUAUUUAUUUACCUGUGUAUUACUAGCUUAGACCCAUAAUCCUCAUUUUUGGCAGCUAUUAUGAUAGAGUGAAAAAAGGAAAAAAAAAGAAAAAGAAAAAAAAAGAAGCAUGUCUUCGCGAAAAUAAUGACACUUUUUAGUGUGCUAUGAUUCAUUAAUCAAGGAAUUUUGUUUGCAACUAAACAUGGAUAUGAGCUGAUCAUGCAUGAAAUUUCCUGAUCUAUGAGCUGAUCAUU